CUUUCAAGAGUUAAUAAAAGGAAGGAGCGAGCAAGGUUUUGUAAGGAAUUAAAGCCAGGCGGAAGAGCCUAUGGGAAAGAGCCUGUUACGAGCCCCGGGGCUGCAGGUCAGCAGCGCCGAGGGAGGACUCGCUGCCAGGGUUUAUGAGGUCCUUGUUUAAGCCGAGAGAGUGCAAACCUCAUCAGGAGCUGGCGGCAGAGCGGGCGGGGACACUCCGGACUCCGAAGUGACGAGGCUGCAGUUUCCUCCGGCCAUGUGUGUCACUCUCCCAGCCCUGUGAUUCAUCGCCUCAGCCGCCGAAAGCCUGCAGCGACUCCCGAGCGCUGCCCAUCGCUCCUGAGGGGCCGCUCCGAGCAGAGCCCCCAGCCCGGGGCUCAGAGAUGGAUCCGCGCUCCGUGAGCCUCGGCAUCCUCCUCCUCUGCGCUGCCGGCACCUGGGGGGGCAACAUCUGCACCACCCGUGGGGUGAACUCCUGCAAGCAGUGCCUGGCUGUCAGCCCCCUCUGUGCCUGGUGCUCUGCUGAGGUCUGGGCACAGUCGAGCCCUCGCUGUGACCUGCACGCCAACCUCCUGCACCACGGCUGCAGGCAGGAGCACAUCGAGUUCCCCAGCAGCAGCGUCACCAUCCUGGAGGCCCGGCCCCUCAGCAACAAGGGCUCGGGAGGCUCUGCCACCACCCAGAUGAGCCCCCAGAGGAUACAGCUGAACCUGCGGCCAGAUGACUCCCAGGUCUUUCAUGUGCAAGUGCGUCAAGUGGAAGAUUACCCUGUGGACAUCUACUACCUCAUGGACCUGUCUAACUCAAUGAAGGAUGAUCUGAGGAACAUCCAGAACCUGGGCACAAAACUGGCCAGUGAGAUGCGUAAGCUCACCAGCAACCUACGCAUCGGCUUUGGGGCCUUUGUGGACAAACCCAUUUCCCCCUACAUGUACAUAUCUCCUCCAGAAGCCAUCAAGAACCCUUGCUAUGAGAUCGGGGAAACCUGCCUGCCCAUGUUUGGGUUCAAACACGUCCUGUCGCUCACGGAUGAGGUGACUCGCUUCAACGAGGAGGUGCGGAAGCAGAGUGUCUCCCGGAACCGCGAUGCUCCUGAGGGGGGCUUCGAUGCCAUCAUCCAGGCCACCGUGUGCGAUGAAAAAAUUGGCUGGAGGAAUGAUGCUUCCCAUCUGCUCGUCUUCACCACGGACGCCAAGACCCACAUCGCGCUGGACGGGCGGCUGGCUGGCAUCGUGCAGCCCAAUGAUGCCCAGUGCCACAUUGACAAGGAUAAUUUCUACUCUGCCACCACCACACUGGACUAUCCCUCUCUGGGCCUGAUGACUGAGAAACUCUCACAGAAGAACAUCAACUUGAUCUUUGCUGUGACAGAUACAGUUGUUGGCCUCUACCAGAACUACAGCGAGCUGAUCCCAGGCACAACCGUGGGCACCUUGUCCAGAGACUCCAGCAAUGUCCUGCAGCUCAUAGUGGACUCCUAUGGGAAAAUCCGCUCCAAAGUGGAGCUGGAGGUGCGUGACCUCCCUGAAGAGCUGUCCCUGACCUUCAAUGCCACCUGCCUCAACGACGAGGUCAUCCCUGGGCUCAAGUCCUGCAUGGGGCUCAAGAUCGGGGACACGGUGAGCUUCAGCAUCGAGGCCAAAGUGCGGGGCUGCCCCCAGGAGCAGCAGAAAUCCUUCACCAUCAAACCUGUGGGCUUCAAGGACAGCCUGACGGUGGUGGUGAACUUCGACUGCGAGUGCUCCUGUGAGAGCCACGCCGAGAGCAGCAGCCCCUCCUGCAGCCACGGCAAUGGCACUCUGGAGUGCGGCGUGUGCCGCUGCAACCCCGGGCGCCUGGGCUCGCACUGCGAGUGCUCGGAGGAGGAGUACAACCCCUCCCAGCAGGACAACUGCAGCCCCCGGCCGGGCCAGCCCCUGUGCAGCCAGCGCGGCGAGUGCAUCUGCGGGCAGUGCGUGUGCCACAGCAGCGACUUCGGGAAGGUGACGGGCAAGUACUGCGAGUGUGAUGACUUCUCCUGCGUUCGCUUCAAGGGCCAGAUGUGCUCGGGCCAUGGGCAGUGCAGCUGUGGGGACUGUGUGUGCAACUCAGACUGGACAGGAGACUACUGCAACUGCACCACGCGCACCGACACCUGCAUGUCCAGCAACGGGCUGGUGUGCAGCGGCCACGGCUCCUGUGUGUGUGGCCGCUGCGAGUGCACCCAGCCCGGCUCCUACGGAGACACCUGCGAGAAGUGCCCCACCUGCCCAGACGCCUGCACCAUCAAAAAGGAUUGUGUGGAAUGCAAGAAGUUUGAGCGAGGAAAGCUGGCAGAGCAGCAGUCCUGCAGCCGCAUGUGCCGUGACGAGAUUGAGACGGUGCAGGAACUGAGUAACAGGGGCAAGGAUGCUGUGAACUGCACCUAUAAGGAUGAGAAUGACUGUGUGAUGAGGUUCCAGUACUACGAGGACUCCAGUGGCAAGUCCAUCCUCUAUGUCAUCGAGGAGCCUGACUGUCCAAAGGGGCCAGACGUCCUGGUGGUCCUGCUCUCGGUGACAGGUGCCAUCCUGCUCAUCGGCCUUGCUGCUCUGCUCAUCUGGAAGCUCCUCAUCACCAUCCAUGACCGCCACCCACAAUCCUUUAUAUAAAGAGGCCACAUCUACCUUCACCAACGUUACAUAUCGUGGGAACAUGUAAGGAUGCCACAUCCAGCACUGGCCAUGGGAUCAGCUGAUGAUCCAUGGGAUCUCCUGGAACCCAGUUUACAGAAGAGCUUGUUUGUGCCUGCCUGUGUGAAUGACUGUAUGUGAUUUAACAAGUCCCUGACUGCCUCCAACCCCUAUUGUCUGUCACCCCACUGUAACUGCAGGGACAUGCUUUCCAUGGCAAACCUCGGUCCUUACCUCAGCAGGUCGCUCGCAAAGCCACCGGCCCCCCAUACACUGAACACAGAGAAAUGGGAUGA